CAGUUUCUGCACCAUGCAUUAUGGAACUUCUGUUUUAAGCUUGGGAAUAUCUUUGAAAAACAUGCAUAAAUUCGGCUUUAAAGAUUUCAUGUGAUAGAAUAUCUCUACUGGACUACAAGUAGUUGUUCCAAAAGUUAGUGCUCUUUGUUCAUAUGCAGUGGCUUAAUCCUAGACUGAAUUUGAUGAGCUUUAGCUUCAGUUCAAUGGAUCUUACUGUAACCUAUUUCAUUAGAUCCCUUUUAUCUAUUAUCCCAAAUACUUUCACUGUGUAUUUUUAGUAUAGAGAGUACAGUCAAGUUGCAUUUUGGCUAAGAUUUAAAUAGAUUGAUUUCUUAUUCUAAGCCUUAAAACAAUUUCUCACAGCUCUCUUCUGAACUCUUUCCAGAACUUUCAUUAACUUUCUUUUCAAACAAUGAACAUCAAAAUGGGAAACAUUUGGCAGCGGUUCCAUUGAAAGUCUUUACAGAAAUAAAGUCUCUGCAUCCCUCUAACUCCUACACAAUCCCCUGUUGAUACUUUUAUGGUAGCCUUUUAACUGCAGCAGUCUUUUAAGAGCUGGUGUUCCCAUCAUGGUGUCUGUCAAUCCUCUGGUUGUCCCCGUGUUCUAGGACACACUUGCCACAUACUUCAUUUUCACCCACCUGCUAUACAAUAGCAUAAAGAGACCAAGAAUGGAAGAAACAUCUGAAGUCCCUGAGGUAGCACAAAUUAUAAGACAUGGAGUGCUUCCUCCUCAAGAAACAGUCUAAUCUUAGGCACUACCUUGUCCUGUUAAGAGUUGCUUUGUUUAAGGGAAGGGCACUACACGCACUUCCUUCUAAAGAACAAAUAACUGCAAGGCUCCUAUCCUACUAAAGUUCUAGGUAUAUUCUGCCACCAAUUUUCUACGCUCAGCUGGUGCAGUUUCUCAGAAAACAGAGGUAUGUAAAUGUGGUAUUUCCUGCUAACAUACAAAAAAAGCAAGAUUCAGCAUACAUGGGGAGGCUUUGCAAGGUUACUCUGACAGCAGUUCUUGCUAGUUCUUCCUAGAAAGCUCUGACUUAGAAGUAAUAAGUUCUAUGGUGCCCUGUAGGGACUGUCAGUUAUGCCUUACAAGAGAUCACUGGGAAAAACCUUUGUAUAAUGUUGCUUUUAGAGACUUCCCUUAAAAAAUUUACAAUUUUGUGUUUUUAUAAAUCAUAAGAAACUCAACUACUAUUGACAGAGUAAUGCUAACAUAGAAAGAAAAAUUUAAAAUUUGUCGGAAAUUCAUCAUUCCUACAGAAAAGCCAUAGCACAACAUUUUUCAAAGUAUCUUAAAUCCGUGUUAUUUCUGCUCUCUGUGAGAACCUACCUUUUUAUAUAUGUCUAGUCUUGCUCCCAUUUAUCACUAGCUCUAAAAGCCUGACAUAUUAACUUAAUGUGCCUAUAUUCUCAUCCACAGCAUUUUGUUUUCCUUAAGGAAUACUUGCUAUAUCUUGAAUUAGUCCUUGGAUAAAAACAUUAUUUCCAAGAUGUGCUGAUGCAAGCUAUUAUGGCAAGAGAUUCCACACUUCAAUCUAAGGUCAAUAGGAUAUAAGGAAAAAUGCUACUGCUACACUCAUAAGGACACCUACAAAACUCCAAGAGGUUAAGACUGCAUUUAAAGUUCUAUUGGCAAAACCGUAUAUAUUAUACCUGUAAGUGUGAUUGUUAUCAAAAUAUGCCCUUGCAACACAAGUAAUACACAUCUCUUAUUAGUAAAGCUUAUUUCAUUUGGAGUUUACCUGUACUGGUCAAUUCUUCAAUGCAAAAAAAGGCUUUCAACCACUUUUAGUAGUUUAAGUUACUCCUUUUGGCAUCUAUGGAAUUUGGGUGUCUAAUCUUUCUCUGGAAGGAGAAACUUUGCAAUUGAAAUGGCACAAAUGCAGACAGCUGCGGGCAGAGGAUGCUGAUGCCCUCACCGUCUUGGUUCCAGCAGAUCUUUUUACUUCUUUGAACAUCCUAUAAACCAUUCUGCUCAAUGCUUGAGUUUAUAGAGAAAGUUACUACUGAUAAACACAGGUCAAGAUAAUUCCACUAACUAAUCCUAAAAGAAAAUGCUAUGAGUAAAGACAGAUAAAACAAGAAAACAGUUGAUACUGGCCAGCAAACUGUCAAAACCCAUUUUUUCUAAAACAACACCGAUUUCAUUCUUUCAGGCCACUGUUUAAUUGCCAGCAGCAACAGCAACAGCUACAAUGUACCUAGGUUUCUGUGGAAUAUUCAAGUCACUUGCCAAGGCUGCAUAAUUAAAAUAAACCACUGGACAAUAUUAAUAUGUUGGUGUAUCACAUUGAUUAAAAAAAUGUCUCACUGCCAAACCUCAAAGAACAGCUUUCAAAAGGAAUUUCCACUGAGUUAAACUGUUCAUUGUAAAGUUUCUGCAAAGCUGACACUUGGCCUGACAGUAUAUGACACCUUUAUGUAUGAACUUAGAGUCUGUAUAUAGCAACCUCCACUGCAUUUGCAGGAGGAGAGAGAUGUUUAUAUAGACCACUUGAUCUAGCUGCACUCAAUGUAAUUAAAAUUAAUUUUAAAGUAGACAGAUACAGAGCUUCAGGUACCUAGUCUCAAGGAAUGGAGGCUGCUCCUACUGAGUACAAGACUGCACCCUUGAAAGUCAUAACUCUUAAGAAUUUUGUGGCUGUCAUAGAUUUGUGAUGCAGUUUGAGCACCCAGCAUGAUGCUAUGGAAUGGCAGCCAGUGAAAGCUUUGAAAAGAUACACACUGGAGCAGGGAACCACAUUAAGAAAGGAUAUAUUAUUUCUGCAUGUGGCACUGGUGGACUGCCACUAGAAAACUAUAUAUAGCCCUAGGUUUCACCUUGUCAAGAAGGCCUUCAAAUUCUGAAAGAGAAACAAAAAAAACAAAGAAACCAAAACAGGGAGAGAAAAUGUCUUUUGUUACUAAAGAGAACAAUCUGUUUAUCAGAAAGAAAGCUGAGAAGUAAUUUGAUUAUACUGUGCAAGCACUUUGAAAGGGGAAAAUGUCAGUGCUAUGGGACUCCUUAAAUGAGCCAGAAAGUUACAAGAAUUCCUGUCUAGAAGGUAAAGUCAGGCACAAUGAAAAAAUGAACAUGGCAUGAAGGGUUUUUUAGCUGUAGGUUAUAAUAUUUUAGCUACAAAAAUCAAAAUUUUUGAUUCUUUGAUCUGUUCAGAUAAAGUCUGUUGGCACUUAAAAAUAUAUGUUUAUCCAAAAACAAACAAUUUGACUCGGCAUGUAGGUAUAAAACACAAAGGCCCUGAGUAAAUAUAAGUCUUGCUAUGUGAGAGACCAGGAUCAAUGCCAAAUAAUCCUUUUUGACUUUAUGUCAUAGGAACAUAAUUAACCAGGAUCUUGGAUCCAAGUUGUCACUUGAACAGAGUUUUUAGAAAAAAUGAUGCAUUAUUAGUACAGAAAAAGCAAUUAUGUAUCAUUAGAUUAAAUCAUAAUACAUUCAUUAACAUAAAUAAACCUGUUUUUUCUUCUGUAUCAUGAGAAAUUAAUUUGCCUUGGCCUGUUCUUCUCAUGCACACAAUGUCUUCAGAGAUAAUCUUCUGUAUCUUCAAAAGGACUUUUUAUUUUCCAUUUGGUCUUGGAAGGCCUGGUUCUGUCUUCAUUUUGAGGUUGCUGAAAAAAUGAUUGGUUGUUCUUGGACUGGAUCGACCAUCAUGAAUCUAUGAGAUAUAUUACAUAAGACACUAUAAAAACAAGCCUAAAUUCCCAUACACCAAAGGAAUGAAAAUGAACAAGCCUGCAAACAACAUGAAACAAACUUGACACAAAACAGAUUUCACUGUGUACAAACAAUAGCCCUUGGCUGAUAAACGGAAAGAAGUUUUAAGGUUGUUUGUAAUGUCAUGAGAUCAUGUCUUGCAGAAUCACAGGUCUUUAUCAAACUAAUGGGCAUUUUAUAAUAAUAUGUGAAGGGAUUAUAUAAAUAAUUUGUGAGAUGUUAUUUGCUAAUAGCUAAUAGAGUGAUUUUGUUCUAGAUCUGUAUUUUCUAGUCUUGCUGAAAACAGUGUAAACUUCUGUGUUCCUAAGAAAGCGUCUCUCUGUGUUGGCAAGGAAGUGGUAGAAGAAUGUAAUUAAGCAAAGAUGACCCUAAAGUGAAAUGUGGAUUCUUUACAAUAUACAAUGUCCUUUCCACCAGCCACAUGUGUUUGUCAGAUGUUUACAGAAUCUUCAUUAACUAAGAGCUUUGCUAGAUAACAGAAGCUGAAGCAUGGCAUCAAUGACUCUGAUAAGGACAAGUGUAUGACCAAUCUGCUUGACAACUGACAAGAGGCUGGGGUUUGAAGCAGACUGCAGAAAGAACACCAGAAAGUGAUUUGCAAAGGGCAUUCCAGUUGUUUGCCUUACAUCUCCUUUCCUCUGUUUUUAUUGAAACAAGACUGGCAAUCAGCUAAAAUACCCUUGUCCUCUUGUUUCUCCACCAGAAAAUAAAUAUAGAAGAAAUGUGUUGUUUUGGAGUAUUAGCUGCACUGUCUGUUUUCAACAUCAUUGCCUGUUUGACAAGAGGCAAGCCUUUGGAAGACUGGGACAGGCUAUCAGCUAUGGGAAAGUCUGAUGCACAUGUUCAUGAUCCUGGGGAAGUAGAAGAUGAGACCCAUUUCAACUUUAAAUCUUUCUUGGAGAAUAUGAAGAUGGAUUUACUAAGGAGUUUGAAUUUGUCAAGAGUGCCCUCACAAGUGAAGACCAAAGAAGAACCACCACAGUUCAUGAUUGAUUUAUACAACAGAUAUGCUGCAGACAAGUCCUCCAUCCCUGCAUCCAAUAUUGUAAGGAGCUUCAGUACUGAAGAUGUUGUUUCUUUAGAUUCACCAGAAGAAAACCCAUUUCAGAAACACAUUUUGUUCUUCAACAUCUCUAUUCCACAAUAUGAGGAAAUCACCAGAGCUGAACUGAGAAUUUAUAUCUCCUGUCACCGGGAAGUCGGGUCUCUCUCAAGGCUGGAAGGCAACAUGGUAAUUUAUGAUGUUCUAGAUGAUGGCCACUGGGAAAACCCAGAAAGUACCAAAUCUUCCCUUGUCUACCACAAUAUCCAGGAAUGUGGUUGGAAGAUGUUUGAAGUGUCCAGCGCUGUGAAAAGAUGGGUCAGGGCAGACAAACUGGAGACUAAAAAUAAGCUAGAGGUUGUUAUAGAGACUAAAGCUCUGAGUGGUUUUACUUGUGGGAAGCUGGAUGUCAGCGUUACUCCUGACACAAAAAAUCUGCCCCUGUUAAUAGUGUUCUCCAAUGACCGCAGCAAUGGGACAAAGGAGACCAAAGUGGAGCUCCGCGAGAUGAUUGUUCACGAGCAAGAAAGUGUGCUCAAGAAACUAGGGAAGAACAACACUUCAUCUGAAGAGGAACAGCAGGGAGAGGAAAAGGCCAUCACUGGAUCCCACCGGCAUUCCUCCAGAAGCAAGAGAAGUGUUGGAGCCAACCACUGCAGGAGAACUUCCCUCCAUGUGAACUUUGAAGAGAUUGGCUGGGAUUCCUGGAUCAUUGCACCAAAAGAUUAUGAAGCUUUUGAGUGUAAAGGAGGUUGCUUCUUCCCUCUGACAGAUAACGUCACCCCAACUAAACAUGCUAUUGUCCAAACUCUGGUGCAUCUCCAAAAUCCAAAAAAAGCCUCCAAGGCCUGUUGUGUUCCAACCAAACUGGAUUCAAUCUCCAUUCUUUAUAAGGAUGAUGCUGGUGUGCCCACUUUGAUAUAUAACUAUGAAGGGAUGAAAGUGGCAGAAUGUGGCUGCAGGUAGUAUACAAGGCAGAAUCUCUAAGAAAAGGAACAUCCCCUUUAUCUGUCCUGUGUAAAUCUGUACAACAGUGAUGCAAAUGAAGACCAUUGCAAACAGGGUUAAGAGCAUGGUAUGGGGCUGAUUUUUGUUGCUGCUUGUUUUAAGGGAAAAUUGGCAUUUAAAAAUGCCAAUCUUUGUAAAUAGCCUGCAUUAUAUAUCAUGGCAAAGUGAAUACUGGAUUAAAGUAUUGUGAGAUUGAAUGAACUA